UUCACGCUGCGCUCGCCAUCUGAAGCAGUGGAGCACUAAUGAGCAGGCUGAGAGCAGCCUCGGCGCACAGAUCUCCCAUCAGCUGAAGAGACGAGGCAGCAGCAGCUCGUGGUCUGGAGCCACUGAUCUGCAGUCAGCUGACGGGUGAGGUGAAUGACAUCGCUGGGAAAGGCGAAGGAGAGGUUGUGAAGAGGCACCAAAGGCAAAUCAGUCAGCAGAGAGAGGAGAAGUAAAGACUGUUUGGGUUGAGGUUGACCCUCAGAGUGCUUCAUCUGCUCAAAGAACCAGUCAGGAGCUCAACCAUGGAGGAGACACUCACCUGUAGCCGGAGCCCUUUCUCCCAGGUGUUUGGGCGGCAGGGUCAGCUCAUGCAAGCCACUGUGCAGUCGCUGAACAGCUUGAAUGACCAGAUAGCAAGCUUCAUGGUGACGAGACCCAAAUCCCUGGAGAAGGAGGAGCAGGUCUAUUCUCCUCCAGAGAAGGAGACGAUGCACAAGUCCAUGAACCUGAUGAGGCACCUCCUUGGUGAUGCUCAGGCAAAAAUCUUGAAAAUGAUGGAUGACAACAAGCAGCUGGCCCAGCGCAUCGAUGGGGCCAUUCAGUCAGCCAGCCAGGAGGUGACCAACCUGCGGUCAGAGCUGAGCGCCACCAGUCGCAGACUGGCCGAGCUGGGAGCGUCAGACUCCUCUGCCAGCAUGCUUGAGACCUUGCAGCACAACCAUAAUGAUUCCUCUCCCCACCAUAAGUUGAAGCCACCAGCUGCUGAACUCUGCUACAAGACUGAAAUCAGCAGCCUCAUGGAUUUCAGCUCUCCCGAUGCCUCUCUUGACAAAGUUCUGCUGCGUGAGGAGGUGGCCCAGCUCCAGGAGGAGGUGCACCUGCUGCGGCAGAUGAAGGACAUGUUGAGUAAAGACUUGGAGGAGACCCAGGGAGGCUGCUCGGCUGACGUCCUCUCUGCCACGGAGCUCCGAAUGCAGCUGGCUCAGAAGGAGCAGGAGCUGGAUCGAGCCAAGGAGGCUUUACAAGCCAUGAAGUCGGAUCGAAAGCGUCUGAAGGCGGAGAAGGCCGAUCUGGUGAACCAGAUGCAGCAGCUUUACGCCACGCUGGAGAGCCGGGAGGAGCAGCUCCGUGACUUCAUACGCAACUACGAGCAGCACAGAAAAGAGAGCGAGGACGCAGUAAAGGCUCUGGCGAAAGAGAAAGACCUCCUGGAAAGAGAGAAGUGGGACCUGCGACGACAGACCAAGGAAGCCACGGAGCACACGGGGAUGCUGCGCUCCCAGCUCGACCUCAGAGAGAACCGCAUCAAGGAGCUGGAGGCAGAGCUCGCCAUGGCCAAACAGUCACUAGCCACCCUGACGAAAGAUGUGCCCAAGCGUCACUCCCUGGCCAUGCCGACAGAGGCGGUCGUCAACGGCAACAACCAGGAGUGGGUGAUGCAGGCUGAUCUUCCCCUGACUGCGGCCAUCAGACAGAGUCAGCAGACCCUCUACGUCCACUCAGUGCAUCCCUCGGACAGACAAGUGGCUGCCGUGCGGGUGAGCCCAUGCCACUCGCGUCAGCCCUCCAUCAUCUCUGACGCCUCUGCCAUGGAGGGAGAUCGGUCGUCAACGCCCAGCGAUAUCAACUCACCUCGUCAUCGGACUCAUUCGCUCUGCAAUUCCCUAGAAGAUCUGGAGGAGGCGAAGCGUAAGAAGAAGAAAGAGAAGAUGGGCUUGGGCUCACUGUCCCGCGUCUUUGCCCGGGGAAAGCAACGCAAGUCUCUGGACCCUGGUUUGUUUGAUGGUACUUCAACACCCGAUUAUUACAUAGAGGAGGAUGCAGACUGGUAACGCACACACGUCUGAGUGAACCACCUGCAGAGCUGUUGGGGGCACCUAGAGGACAUUAUUGUGCUUGCUGUAUGGGGGAAUGAGUGUCAGUGUGUACAGAUAUAAUAUUUUGUGUGCCUGUGUAUUGUCACCUGCACGCAUACCUGUAGGUGCGUGAUAAUGUGCACGUGAACGUGUUUCCUGUGGUCAGAACAGAAGCCAUGUGAGAUGUCAGAGGCGCCUUUUUGUUUCCC